GCAAGCCAAGCGGUCAAUAUGAAGACACCGACUUGUUUCCUCCUACACAAAAUGGAUCCAUUUUAAGGGUGUACGGUCUUAGCGACGUGCGCGCCUGCUCACACAAAAAAAUACAUUAUAGUGAUACGAGAAUAUAAACAAAAUAGAAAAAGAGCGACACGAGAGAGAGAGAGCCGUCACAUCUAGUCUCGUGAAAAUGACUACAGUACUCAAAAUGAGGAAUAUUGUCACUUUGGUGAUCAUAUUCUGCGUGGUAUUAAUUUUGGUAUACCUUGAAUUCAGAGAUGAAUCAUCGAGAGCGAUUCCGCACCAAGCAAACAACCAGGAGUAUACCAAGGGCGUAUGGGAAGAACAUGAACCACAGGACCAGGGGCGUGAUACACUGGUUCGAAUUUCUCCUAUUGCUGACUCAGACAUGUCAGAAAAGUUGAGUGAGGAAGACCAUGAUGAGAGAGGAAUGGAUGCACAUCCCUCACCCAAAAUCCAAACGCCAUUGUUACGCCAUAUUCCUUCUGGUGUCAUCAGCAUGGCACCUGAUAUUUUCGAAACAGUUCCUCGUCAGUUUUUGCCGAAUUACAAGAGUCCAUGUUGGUUCAACAAACAGAAUAAACUCUACUGCUUGCCAUAUUUCUAUAUCAUUGGUAUGGCUAAAUGCGGUACAACAGAUCUGUGGGAUAAGAUCACCCGACACCCACAUGUCCUGGCCAGCGUCCCGAAGGAACCACAUUGGUGGUCUAGACGUAGGCGUGGAAUUGAUACACGUAACAUACCAAUUCACCAAAAGGAAGCACGUCAAAUAAGCAAGAUGAUAGGAGAGAAAGAAGACUCGUCUAUCGACUGGUAUCUCAACUGGUACAAGACUUUUGGAGUUAAAUCGAUUGAGUCAAGUCCAUCUCAGAACGCUGACGGUGAUGUCACUUUCCCCAAGGUGUUCGGCGAUGCAUCGAUCAGUACGUCUUUCGACAUUGGGAAAACUUGGGAAGAAGGGAACUAUACCAAUGCUGACCUUAUCCACGCGGUCCAACCACAGGCUAAAAUCAUCAUGAUCGUCAGAAAUCCAACUCAAAGAUUUUCUUCGCAGUUUCACUAUAACGGUUUCCGAGAUAGCCCCGCUGCUCUUGACCAUAAAGCCAAAGAAGAAAUCAGCUGCUUCACCAGCUGUCUACAAGAACACUCGGAAAGAUACUGCACUUUUAGAAGGUCAUGUCGUAUGUUGAACGCUAUUUACAUAGCAAUCGCGAAAGACUGGAUGAGAGUAUAUGGCCGUGAUGGAGUCUAUAUCUUAACAUUAGAGGACUGGUAUGGAAAUACCGGAAAAGAAUUUGAGAAACUCCUAAAAUUCUUAGAACUUCCUGCUCUUCCAAAAGAUGAAAUCUCGCGAAUAACCAGAAGAAAGCCAAAGAACGUGAAUGCCAGGAAUGCCCGAAGUUCCAUGUGGAACACAACUCGCGAUCUCUUACAAGAUUUCUUCAGGCCAUUUAACAAACGAUUUGCCAGCUUCAUGAAUGAUACGAGGUUCCUGUAUGAUGAGGGAUGACCAGGCGCGUACACAGGGGGGGGGGGGGGGGGGGGGGGGGGGACUAAA